UUACUGCACCCAACGUUUUUUUCUUUUGCGCCUAAAGCUAGGCAAUAAAUAUUUAAAUAUUCGAUUAUUCGUUUUCAAAGUUGUCGGAACCCGAUUAUGCGUGGAUGCAAAUGUGGUUGUCAUUUUUGACAGCUGCAUCCAGACAGCUCUACUGUGCCGAAUUGUUUGGGGGAAAAAUACGAACUUACCAAACAAUUGGGUCAUAUUUUGAAAUAAGCUUACUUAAAAUUGUUAAACGAAAGAACAAUAGAACUGAAUAAAUAAAAAAUAACAUUUUAAUGAUAAAAGAAAACGAUGAAAAUAAUUUACAAAAAUAUAACAACGAACCGUUGGUCGGGAUCGACCAUUGUGCAAAGUACGUUGUGUCCGCUGCCAUCAAUGUGUGUGUGUGUGUGUGCAAUUAUUACGUUUAGGGUGAAAAGGCGCAGGCAACAAACAGCAGCAUUAGCGUAGCAUUUGCGUUGACGGGUAUCUGUACCACGGUGAAUGGGAAUGUAAAAACGCGUAUUGUUCCGAAAAGUGAUUGCUUCAAAGGUUGAUAACCGUGUGUCUAGUGACCCGUGGCCAUACUAUCCCGAUAAAGAACCGAGAAUCCGUUUGUGCGUGCCCAACUCCCGGAAUCUUUGCGUGUCGUUUGCGUGUGGUUUGACAAGUGGGAUCGUUAUUCAGGCGUCGUGCCUGCGAUACUACGGGGCGCCCCCGAAUCCCGUGAUACUUUCCCGUGCAAAAAAACUUGGCUUGGCUGGUUGGCUCGCACCGGUGAAAUGCCGUGAAGCGUCCGCUGCUUUGUAAAGCCUAUACUCAGUUGGUGUUUUGUGCGGCGCACGAUUGUCCACGCGCCAGCAUCGGGUGAGAGCGGGCCGCCCGAAACGCACACGCACGCACAUACACGCACACAGCCGUAGCACGGCACAGAUCGGGAAACCAGAAAAACCGAAUUUGUGUGUUGGAAAUACCGCGCGCGCGUUCGCUCGCUCGCUCGCUCGCUCGUCGUCGUUGGCAUUCGUAGAUGCGCGAUUAUCGGUCGUCGGUUGGUCGAUUCGGACGUUCGUCGCUCCCUCUGAGGGCGCAGCAAAACAACACAUCUCGAACAGCGGAUCCGCACCUGUACCCUGUUUGCUCCGGCCCUCGCGCAAACGGAACGGAAACCCUUUUUUGUUCCUACGCAUACACAUACGCACGCGCCCCAGCUAGCGAGAACUCCGCCAGGCGGCAGCAGCAGCAGCAGCAACAGCAGUUGGCAGGCAGGCGCACACUGAGGAGAAAACUCCAAUAUAUCCCGUAGCCGUUGCCGUUACCGUCAUCGUUGUCGUCGUCGUCGUCGUCUGUCGCUUUGUCCCCGUGGCAUCACAGGAUCAACGCCGAGGACGGAAACUAAAUUCCGCUGAAAAUAUCGCCCGUCCGCUACCGUGUAUAGGUCGUACAAUCGUUCGGCCGACAGGCUCAGAGGCUUUCGGUUUCUGUCAUCAUCAUCGUCGGUCGUCGGUAAGACCGAACGUACGCGGGCAGGCGGAUUCGGCGACAGCAUCCUUCGACAGCCUGACCGUCCUUUGCCGCCGCUGGUGUAAUCCUAACCUUCGCUCCUGUCCCCACCGGAAAGACAGCCAUCAAUGGAUUCGGAGAUUCCGGAACUUUCGGACGAAGCCGAGGAACACGUCAAACUCGACAACGGUGAAGAGGUUGCAUUACCUCCACGCACCCGGUUAGUUACCACCACCGACGUACAGCAGGGCAAUACCGUAGUCCAGGUGCCGGUAUCCCUCCCGGUCGGUACACUCAUCGGUGGGGCCACCUUCAACGUACUCACCACGGAACAGAUACAACACUUCAAGCCAAUGAUUUGCGUCGACAACAAUGGUUUCGUCUCGAGCAGUACGGUGGUCGGCGAUUUGGGCAAUGAACUGAAACAGGCCCAUAUCGUUAUCCAGCAACAAAGCUCAUCCGACACGAACAACCAGCAGCAGGAUGAUUCAGGCCUGGUAGACAGCGGUCAAUCACAGAACAAUUCCCAGCAAAGCACACAGCAACAAACCACACAGGAGUACCGUGUCGAGGGUGGCAACAGUGCACUGGCGAACCAUUUGGCCAACGUGGAGGUACUGCAGGUACGCUGCAAAACCACAACCGGUGAACUGUACAAAAGCCGGCUCGGUUCCGGUGGGCGGGGGAAAUGCAUCAAGCAUAAGGACGGUUGGUACACGCCGAGCGAGUUCGAAAACAUUUGUGGCCGUGGUUCGAGCAAAGACUGGAAGCGAUCGAUACGGUACGGUGGGCGUAGCUUGCAGACGCUCAUUGACGAGGGUAUCCUGACGCCGCACGCAACGAGCUGCACCUGUUCCGCCUGCUGUGACGACGAAUCGGGAGAGACCGCUACCGGUCCCGUGCGACUAUUCACACCUUACAAGCGCCGGCGACGAAAUCAAAGUGAACAUGAAUCGCCCCAGCUGGACAAAAAGAAGCGCAUCGUGGUGACGAGCGGUACGACUACGUCGGCCGGUGUUAACGCCACCAGCACCUCGGGCACGAUUGUGAACAGUAACAAUGCUACCAGCGCAAACAAUGCCAUCAUUAAUAGCAAUAGUACCACGACCACAAACAAUUCCGCCAUAAAUAAUCAGCAGCAGGUAGCGGUACAGGCGGCCCAGGUUCAUGCGGCAACACGGCAGCAGCUACAUCAAGCGACCGCCACCAUAAAUGCAACGCCCAUCAUUACCAACAAUACGAGCACGACAACGACCACCACGACCGUGAAGGUUGUCCAGCAGGAACAGCAGCAGGAGCUGCAGAAUGAAUUGAUCACCACCAAAGAGGAACCGUGGCAAACGUUAACGGAGGGUAUCGACUCAACGACGGAAUUCGUGGACCAACAGACACAAUUAUUAGCUGAAGCUAAUUUACCAUUCGAACGGAUGAAAUCAUUCUGCACGCAGCUAACGAAAAUGGUGCAAGAAAUGCGGAAAUGCAUCGUGGAAACGCAAGAGAUGCACAACCGCCAGCUGGAGUGUAUGCAGCGGGAACGGGAUGCCGCAAUACUUACGGUGACGCAACUCGAACAGGAGCAAAGCAUAAACAGUAACUGCAUUCCGCCGGGAUCGAUACAUGCAAACAAGAAGUGCGCUAACUGUAACCGUGAAGCCUUGGCCGAAUGUUCACUGUGCCGAAGGACACCCUACUGUUCAACGUUCUGUCAACGGAAAGACUGGAUCACACAUCAGAACGAGUGUGUCCGCAGUACGCAGGAACCUACGCACCAGAUAAUGCUAAUAGUGGACGAAACGCAAUAGCCUUUAAUGUUCUAAUCGGGCCUACCUGGACAGGUAAAGCAGCGGGAUCGGCGUGUACAAGUCUAAAAGGAUCGAUCUUUGCUGGGUUCCGAUGAUGAACAUAAAGGUGCUUACACACACACACACACCCCCACACCUAUACAUACAUAUGCAAAAACCUCACUAACCCAACGCAAUACCAUGACCCGAUUAGUGUUGGAUAGUUUGUUAACUAGUAAAAUAUUCCUAUUCAAACAUUUCGCUAGCUAGGAAACUAUCUCGCACGAUCGGGCGAGGAAUACUUACUGUAAUCGAAAGCGAGAUUUAAUCAGUGCACUGGCAUCGGGUUUAUUGGUUUUUGUUGGACCUUUUUUCGAGUCGUUUUUUUUUUGUUUCGAUGUGAUUUAUUUUUCUCUAUUUUGCGUUUUUGUUUUAUUAAGUUUGCAAUCAAAAGUUUGUGAUGCCAGUGUACAAAAAAACAAAAAAGAAAAACAAUUCAUCUGACGAGAGCUUUCGCUAUCUCGAUAGCCUCGAUAGGAUGUUUUGUUAAGAUGAAUGAACUAAGACUUAAAAAAAACAACUUCUGCUCACCGUCGGGCAUGAUGAGACAAAGCAAUGAUAAACCCACUUUUUUUAAUUCACGACUCUGUAGAAAACUGUAGGAUACCUCCAUCGAACGGUACACAACAGCUGAAAUCGUGUCGUUUUUUGUGUGUAAUCGUAAAUUUCAAUACCCCGAAACAAAUGGAGGAGGAGAGAGAGAGAGGGAGAGAGUCAACAAGGAACAAAUGUAUAAUAAUUAGCGAGAUGCUGUAAAGACCAUAUAUUUAAUAGUAAUAUUAUUGUAUUAUUACACACAUAUGUUUUGUUACGUUAGAUAAAUUCAGAUCAAUCAUAAUGCGGAUGUAUAUUUAAGUAGAAGAAGGUAUCCUAUGUUUAACCGUACGCCCCCAGAUUACGUACAAGAAUGUUUUAUUUUGAAAAUAUUUCUACUUCGAUUGUCCAUCGGAUGCGCGGUUUAGAAGAUGGAAAGUGUGGAAAAAAAAACAAACAAAAAACAAACACACGAUAUCGUUCGUGCGUGUAAAUUUGAAAGGUAAUUUUAGAACUUAGACUUCUGGAUAGGUAAUUUUAAUGUAAACCGGGAAGAAGACGUCCGGGGGUCCUGCAAAAAAAAGAAGCGGGCAAGGGAGAAUGGUGAUGAUAAAUGAAAUGGAAAGAAGAAGAGUGCACAAGAAAAUUGUAUUAAAUUUUGUUUCUGUCGUCGCUAAUACUUCUCUUUAACCUAUUUGGUGUUGUGUUCCGCACCGACCGGCGCGGAAGUACAGUGAUCACAAUGAAAAACUACAAAAAAAAGUUUCGUGAACAGAAAAGGUUUUUAUGUGUUUGUUUGGAAAAUGAAUGAAUAAUUAAACAAUCGUAAACUUUACUGCUUUUUCGUUAUUAUUGUCUUGUAGUAUAAGUUUUUACCCUUUCUCCCGUAUAGCUUUAUAAGUUGUUACUUAUCUUUUACGUUAGUUGCAUGAUUAUUUUCUCUUUCUUUUCGAUGUUUGUAGUUUGAAAGUUUUUGUUUCUUACGUUUGUAAUUAUUUUCCUUGUUUGUAUACUAACUACUUGCUCAUUGUUUUUUUAUGCUUGUUUUUUAAUGUUUUUUUUCAGAAGAAAAAAAUACAUACACCUAUUCAGAGAUGUUACGAUACAUUACGCUAUAGUGAAAGAUUUUCUUAAGCAACACAAAACAUCUCUACCACAAACUUCCUUACUAGCAUAAGAACAACGUAGGGUUAAAUGAAGCAAAAUGAACUGAAUAAUUAGAACGAUACAUGUUUUUUCCGUUUUCCCUGUUACACUCAUUCAUUCACUAAUUGUACAUGAUGUGCAUAGGAGUGUGAAUGCUUUCCCCCAAAAGUAAUGCCCAAGACCCCAGUUCUUUUCCUUAAUGCUCAAGCAUGCAUGAGCUAAAGGAAAGGAAUGACCAGGGUGAAAUAUAGUGAGUCAACGAUAUGCGGCAGUAUGCAGAUGUGUAAUACCAAAUCAAUCAUAUUAUUGAAAUAUUGAUGUAAUUAUUCGUGCGAUUUUUUCUUCCGCAAUUACAGUGUAGUAGCGAAUUAGUCCAUUAGCCAUAACGACCAAAAAAAAAAACGAAUGACGAUAUUAUUAUAACUGUAGCUGCACAGUACCAAUUGAAUCGGUGGGUGCGUAACUGUUCAUUAAAACUUUGUACAAUUAUUUCUACAUUAUUGGAAAUUAAUUAACUAACCACACACACUUCAAGAGAACGACUACACUGCAAUGAGCGGAAAACGGAUACUAAUACAUAAGUGAUCGUUGUGUGAACGUUAAAAGGGUGAUGAAAGCUAAGUAAAAAUGCUUUUCUCCCCGUCUCUAUGUGUCUGUGAAAAGGCAUAAAUGAGUACGAUUUUCCUCUUUACCUGUUUUGUGCGUGCAAUGAUUCGAACUCGAUUUUAGCGUACAUUAAGCAUCCAUACUUACGUUUGAAAAGAUUUACUUCUUGCAGCGUUCAACAAAACAGACGAGGGGUGUCUAGUGGUCGUGCGGCAAACGAAAUUUUAUACAAUGAAAUGCAAUUAUAGAUGUGAAUAUUUGAAUGUAGCGUGAAACAUGAGCAGCAACAUCGCAUUAGCUAAUUUAGAUUUGCUGAUGUCGUACAGAAAAAAAAGAGAAAUAAACACCUAAACACCGUGAAGAAUGUAAA